AUGGCCGACGACCUCCUCGAGCACUGCGCUCAACUCUCCGAAGUCAACUACACCAACUUCGUCUUCAGCCUCCUCCUCUUCAUUGGCAUCCUCAUCUCGUACCUGCCGCAGCAUGUCCGUAUCAUUUCACGACAGUCCUCCUACGGCAUCUCGCCGUACUUUGUCCUCCUAGGCACAACAUCCGGCACCUGUGCGUUCGCAAACAUCCUAGUCUUACCUGCGUCACGCGCCGAUAUGGCAUGUUGCGAACAGGUGGCUGCGUUCCCGUGCUUUGCGGGCCUGUUGGGGAUUUCGCAGGUUGGCAUGCAGUGGUCUUGUUUUUGCUUGAUCCUCUUCCUCUUCGUCCUCUACUUCCCCCGCAAUUCAACCACAUCCGACCCCGAAACAGACCCGACCGCACCAACCUUCCGCACCGCCCUCAUCGUCGCAGCAAUCUGUAUCGUCCACGCCCUCGCCACCAUCAUCAUUUCCCUCGUCUUCACAGUAUCCGCACAAUCCCACCUACAAGCCUGGGCCAACUUCCUGGGUAUCCUCUCCACCAUCCUCGCCUCGAUCCAAUAUUUCCCGCAGAUCUUUACGACCUACAAGCUGAAAAGAGUCGGGAGUUUGAGUAUUCCGAUGAUGUGCAUACAGACGCCGGGCAGUUUCAUUUGGAGUGCGAGUUUGGCGGCGCGGUUGGGGCCGAGCGGGUGGAGUGCAUGGGGGGUUUAUCUUGUUACGGGGUGUUUGCAGGGAGUGGUGCUUGUGAUGGGGAGUUGGUUUGAGAUUGUGCAUCGGCGGAAGGAGCGAGCAUUGGCGGAAGAGGAGGAGGACAGUAGCAGGAGGCAGGGAAAUGGCAUUGCAAGGGAGCCCGGCAGCAGAGGGGAUAGAGAUGAGACGACGCCUUUAUUGCGGUCGUAG